GGGAGGAAGUCCCUCCCCCGGAAAGCGGAAACAGGCCUGUGGACAAGGCGUAUUAUAGCUCCUCGCGUUUCCCAUGGCGUCAAGGUUACUCAGGGUCUGCGGCCUUUUUCAAGGCCUCGCCGCGGGCCGGAAUGCCCUCCCUCUAGGGCCGCUGCGCCUGGCCGGAGCCUCUCGCUGCAUGGGAGCCGGAGGCAUCCCCACGGAUGAAGAGCAAGCGACAGGAUUGGAAAGGAAAGUUUUGAAGGCUUUGGAGAAGGGCCUGGAUCCCUACAGCAUGUUUCCACCCAAAGCGCGUGCUGGAACCAAGGAGGACCCCAACCUUGUCCCCUCAAUCACAGACAAGCGCAUUGUAGGCUGUAUCUGUGAGGAGGACAACAGUGCCGUGAUCUGGUUCUGGGUUCACAAGGGCGAGCUUCACCGCUGCCCUUCCUGCGGGACCCACUACAAACUGGUUCCCCACCAGCUGCCAUGAUCUGACGGACCUGCUGAAGUCUGCUGAGUUCUCUAUUUAUGGUUUCUGAGAUCCAAGCCUAAGCAGCACAGCUGUUUGGAUCACCAAUGUACCACAUUUCUUGCAACUGAAUAAAGUCGUUUGACUCCUUGUGUGAAA